AUGUCAGAGGAGUCUGAUUCCUGUGCUGGAACUGAUCCUUCGGGGAGUAGUUCCAACUUGGACUUUUGGUACAGCUUGUACUCUGGCCAGGAAGCUGAUGCCGCUGGUGGUAAAUUGCAGGAGGAGCAGGAGCAGGAGCAGGAAAACUCAGCUUCCAAGUUGGAGGUUGAUUGGGGCUAUGUUUUCGAUAACUUACCUAAGAAUACAAAAUCAAAGAGGAGAAAGGAUUAUGGUUACAGCAGCGGGGUGAAUAGUGCAAGUGACCUUUCAGAGGCUCUGUCUUCUAUUUCUGCAGCACUGAGUCUUUCUUCUUCAGAUUCUGGUAAAACGGAUGAUAGCAAUGAAGGAGGAGAUGCUGAGAAGACAAGACAAGACGAGGAGAUGCUUAAUUGGGGCACACACAAUUUUGACAUUCAUUCAUUUUCACAAGAGAGUGAUGCGGAUGAUAUGUCGAUAUCAGAGACUGGUGGCUACUUGCAGGAAAAGUCAGCUUUUGAUAUUGGUGGUGGAAAGGAGCAACAGAAGCUUCAGCUACCAGAAAUGGGGAUGAGAUUUGAUUCCGAGGAGGAGGCUUACCAAUUCUAUAAAACUUAUGCUCAAGCAACUGGUUUUAGAGUAAGAAAGGGAAAGGUGCAGCGCUCUGCCGAUGGAACUAUCAGAAAACGAUAUUAUUUUUGCUCAAGGCAAGGCUUUCGUUCCAAAAAGCAGCUGACCAAGAAAACAAAGUACAAGAGAAAAGAAACUAGGAUGGGCUGCAAAGCCCAUGUAUGCUGCGUAACUGAGGAUGGAAAGUGGGUUCUCUCCCAUUGUUCUCUUGAGCACAAUCAUGAGCUUCUUGGUCCGCAACAGAAGAACAGCAGCACAACCUCAGAGGCUAACAUGACUACUCACUUGACAGAAAAUGCUCAGGUGGAUGCUGCACUUCAACAAGAUGUAGCAAAAAUUACCAGCAAAAUAUGCAAUCUUCAAUAUCAAGAUGCACAAAGUUUAUUAAGUUAUUUCAGAGGCAUCCAGAUGGAAAAUCCAUCAUUUUUAUAUGAAGUACAGCUUGAUGCCAACGGAUUAAUGUCAAAUGUCUUCUGGGCAGAAGGUGCAUCCAAGACAAAUUAUGAAUGUUUUGGAGACGUUUUGAUUUUGGACACAACAUUCAGGAUCGACAAACAGGGCAUAGUUUGUGCACCAUUUGGAGGAGUCAAUCAUCAUAAGCAAUUUGUAUUGUUCGGUUGUGCCUUCUUGGUUGACGAAACGACCAACUCCUGUAUAUGGUUGCUUGAGACUUUUGUCAAAGCAAUGGGCAGAAGUCAACUCAAAACUAUUAUUACUGAUGAGAACCCCGCUAUGGCUGACGCUGUACAAGUUGUUUUACCGGGAUUACAGCAUCAAAUUGGUGCCUGGUACAUCCGGCAAAAUGCAUUGAAGAAGCUAGCUUAUCUAUAUGAAAAACCGGAUUUCGAGACCUUGUUUGAGGAAUGCAUAUCUGGUGGUCUAGCUGGGGAGGAAGAGUUUGCAUCAAGAUGGGAAUUGCUGAUAGAAAGAUAUGAUCUCCAUAAGAAUCCAUGGCUUAAUGGUUUAUAUCAGUCCAGGGAAAGAUGGGCUUACACAUUUACCAAGAGAACCUUUUGUGCUGGCUUACAAAACAAAGGGAUAAACAACAUAUUCCAAAGUUUGGAGAGAGAUACUAUGGACCUGACAAAGAUAGUUUGGCAAUACCUUGAUGCUGCAAGGAAACAAGGAAUGGAGGAAUUGUAUGAAGAUUUCUGUAGCAACGGAACUGCCCAGGGAUCGAAAUUGUUGAGUGCAAAUAAGAUGGAGGAGCACGCUCAUAGUGUUUACACACGCAUAAUAUUCAAGGAUUUCCAAGAACAGUUUUUAAGGUGCUGGUCAUUUUCGUUGAAGACAAUCAGCAGUGGAGAUCCAGAUACUGCUUUGUAUGAGGUGACAGAGGAUGGUACGAAAAAGAGUAUCGUGGGGGUCAGGUGUCCGAAUUACAGCGUCACAUGUGACUGCCAUAAAUUUGAGUCGGAGGGCAUCUUAUGCGCCCAUGCCUUAAAGGUGCUAAAUGCACUAAAUGUCUUUUAUAUACCAUCUCAACACAUACUAAAGAGGUGGACCAAAUCAGCCAGAGGUGGUGCUGUGGCGGAAUGUGAUGAUGAUCAAGAGAUGGCCGGUGAGAGGCAGCCACAGAAGCCUGGGAAUUUGCUUAUCCACAAAACCUUGAAUGCUAUAGCUAAAAUGGAAGCGGUCAGGGAGAUCCAGAGUGUUGCAGACAACUAUCUAGGCAUGGCGUCAACAGCUAUGGAAGAGGUUAUUCUACUAACCCAAACAGUGGUAUCUGAACAUCAACCAACAAGUGAUGCUGCAAGCUGUGUUCGACAGUACAUGCUCCAUCUGAAAGCUCAGCAACAGCAUAGCUGUUAUGCUCACCUGGCUGAUGAUGAUGGAACUGUUACACGAAACUUGCUUCUGGCUAUGCAUGAUCAAGUUCAGAAGUACGAGAAGACAACGAAAGAACAGAAGGUAGUCCACAGUAGUUCACAUUCCCAAAUGCAGGAAGCUUUGGUUGGAAUGAGAAAAGUCGGUGAGAUCGUUGUGGAGGUUGCCAAGAAGGCCAGAUUGACAUUGACAACAAGAACAAGAACAGAAGGAGCCGCAAUUCCUUCGAUCAGAUCCCACUGUGUAGACUUUUUCCAAUCUGGAUAUCGUAGGAGGUUUUUGCAAUCAGGAAGCAGCAGUUCGGGGAUAAAAUCUGACCGGGGAAGUUGUUCGAAAUCUGUGAUCAGCAGAAGACCACGAAAGUCGUCGGUACCCAAGUACAUAGGAGUACGGCAAAGGCCAUCAGGCAAGUGGGUCGCCGAAUUGAGAGAGCAAGCAAUGAGUGGUCCGUGUAGACUUUGGUUAGGCACUUACGACACAGCAGAAGAAGCAGCACUGGCCUAUGAUAGAGCUGUAUCUCGAAGGAGUGUUGGACCUCCAGAACGCCUGAAUUUUCCCCAACACGGCUUCGGUGGUUAUAAGUUUCGCAUGUCAAUUUGAUUUUGUUUAGAGAAGAGAACCAUUUGAAACUUCAGUUGUAUUUCAUUUCCCUUUACAAUAAAAUAGUAAAUAUGAAAACAAAGAACCCAUAUGACCUUGACCUUAAUAGUGACAACCUAUCAAGAACACAUUACUUAUCGCCAUCCCCUUCUGUAAAAUGUUUGUUGGAUUGUACUGAAGGUGAUAUUGAAAGUAGAAACAAAGGUAAGAAAUACAGCAAACAGUCAG